AUGCAGGCUUUGGGGAAUAACCCGUGCGAUGGUAUGGUGAUGAGAGAUGGAGAAGGUCAGAACAUUCACAACAAGAUGAUUCCUUCAGCCAACCUUACUAUGGUUACUGAGUUCCUGUUGCUGGGCUUCUCCAACCUCCAGGAGAAACAGCUUAUACUUUUCCCAGUGUUCCUCUGUCUUUAUCUGCUCAUUCUAAGUGGGAACAUCACCACAGUGACUGCUAUCCGCCUGGAACACAGGCUCCACACCCCAAUGUAUUACUUCCUGACUGUCCUUUCUGUCUCUGAGACCUUCUAUACCAUUGUCAUCUUGCCCAAAAUGCUCCUCAACCUCCUCUCUGUGCUCAGGACCAUCUCCUUCACUAAUUGUGCCGUCCAGAUGUUUUUCUUCCUCGGCUUUGCUGUCACCAACUGCCUGCUGCUUGGGGUGAUGGGUUAUGACCGCUAUGCUGCUAUUUGCCAUCCUCUCCGCUACCCAGUUCUCAUGAGCUGGCGUGUGUGUGGGCAGCUGUCAGUUUUUUGUGGCAUUGCAGGUUUCCUUCUCUCACUAAUUAUGGUUAAUUUGGUCUUUAGUCUUCCCUUUUGUAAUUCCAACAAAAUCAACCACUACUUCUGUGACAUCUCACCUGUCAUUCGGCUUGCCUGCACAGACUCAGACACUCAUGAGUUUGUCAUCUUCAUCCUUGGAGCCCUUGUGCUUGUGGUUCCCUUUUCCUUCAUCUGCAUUUCCUAUAUUUCUAUAUUGAGAACCAUCCUGAAAAUUCCCUCAAUGGAGGGGAAGAAGAAGGCUUUCUCCACCUGUGCUUCUCAUCUUACUGUGGUCAUUAUUCACUAUGGCUGUGCCUCCUUCAUCUACCUGAGACCCACAGCCAGUUACAUCUCUAACAAGGACCGCCUGGUCACAGUGACAUACACUAUCGUUACACCUCUGUUGAAUCCAAUAGUGUAUAGUCUAAGGAAUAAGGAUGUACAACUGGCCAUCAGAAAAGUGCUGGUCCAGAAAUUUUGCCUAAAUUGA